AUGAAGCCGGGUGUGCAUGCGACCGUCCUGGGGCGCCGGCGCGCAGAGAAGAAGACCCCGACGAUACUCAGCAGGGCGGUCUUGCCCCAUGCUCUGCUGGGGAGGGAUGUGCUGGGGGCCGCAAAGACAGGAUCUGGCAAGACCCUGGCCUUCCUGAUCCCGGUUCUGGAGUGCCUUUACAGGCAGCAGUGGGGCGCCUUGGACGGUCUGGGUGCCCUCAUUCUCACUCCCACGCGUGAGCUAGCACUUCAGAUCUUCAAUGAGCUGAGGAAGGUGGGCGCCAAGCAUGAAUUCAGCGCCGGCCUCCUGGUGGGUGGGAAGGACGUCGCCGAGGAGCAGUCGCGCAUCUCCUCCUUGAACAUCCUGGUGGCGACGCCGGGCCGCCUGCUGCAGCACAUGGACGAGACGGCGGGGUUUGACUGCUCCGGGGUCAAGAUCCUGGUGCUGGAUGAGGCGGACCGCAUCCUGGACCUGGGCUUCUCGGCGGCACUUAAUGCCAUCGUGGACAACCUGCCGGCUCAGCGCCAGACGCUGCUGUUCUCUGCCACGCAGACCAAGUCGGUCAAGGACCUGGCCCGGCUGAGCCUGCGCAGCCCCGAGUACCUGGCCGUCCACGCUGAGGCCGAGGUGCCCACCCCCAUCAAGCUGCAGCAGGCGUACAUUGUCUGCCCCCUCCAGGACAAGACGGACAUCCUGUGGUCAUUCAUCCGCUCCCACCUCAAGGCAAAGAUCAUCAUCUUCCUGUCCACCUGCAAACAAACUCGGUUCUACUUUGAGGCAUUCCGCAAGCUCCGGCCAGGGGUCCCCCUCCGCGCCUUGCACGGGCGUCUGAACCAGUACAAGCGCAUGGGCGUCUUCUACGACUUUUGUGAGUCCAAGGCCAUGGUGCUGUUUGCCACAGACAUUGCUGCACGCGGCCUCGACUUCCCCACCGUCGACUGGGUCAUUCAGGUGGUUCAGGGUCUAGGGAAGGCUGACUGUCCAGAGGACAGUGCGGCCUACAUCCACAGGGUGGGCCGUACCGCGCGAUACAUGGCGGCUGGCAAGAGCCUGCUCCUGCUGCUGCCCAGCGAGAGCGAGGGGAUGCUGGCCUCGCUGGGUGAGGCCAAGAUACCCAUCAAGCAGCUGCGCCACAACCCGGAAAAGAUCCAGUCUGUGACCCCGGCGCUGCAGGCCCUGCUGUCGAAGGACGCCGAGAUCAAGGGCCUGGGCCAGAGAGCCUGCACCUCUUACCUACGCUCGGUGCACCUGCAGCCAAACAGGUCCGUCUUUGACGCCGCUGCCCUGCCGGCGGGCGAGUACGCUGCCAGCCUCGGCCUUGCAGCCGCCCCCAAGCUACGCUUCCUCAAGCGCGGCGCAGCUCAGGGCCCGGGUGCUGAAAGGCGGGACGAAGGCGAGGGCGGGGCCAGUGAUAGUAGCGGGGAGGAGGAGGAAGCAGCAGAGGGCAGGGCACAUGCGAGAGAGGCAGGGCCAUCUGGGCCCCCUCCAGAUGAGAAGGAUGACUUCCUGGUGGUGAAGCAGCGUGACGCCCUGGGAGUGAGCGAGGCUGUGGCCGAGGAACCCAUCUUGAAUCUGGCCGCGAGCCAGUCAACAGGAAAGAAAAAGCGGUUGCGCAUCCGCCCCGACCGACCCAGCAGCAGCAGAAUGGUGUUUGAUGAGGAGGGGGAGGCGGUGGACCCGCUGGCGCAGCUCGUUCCAGAGGGAGCGGCAAGGAGCGAUGAGGGGCACGAGACGGCGGCGCAGCGUGCACAGCACGUGCGGACACAGAUGGCGCAGCGCGACGCUCUGGACAAGGCGGAGCAGCGUGCCAGGAGAAAGGAAGAGCGGGAGUCCAAGAGGGCCAAGCGCCUCGCACGUGAGAGGGAGGAGGCCAUGGAAGGGGAGGAAGAGUCUGCCAGUGCCGCCUCGGAUGGCGAGGAGAGCGAGGAGGAGAAGUUUGGCGGGCGCUUCAGGAAUGGGCGUGGGGCGGAGCUGCGGGAGGAGGCUGGCGCCGAGGUGGCGCACAUGGGCAUGGUGCCGGCGACACUCGAGGACCAGGAGGCCUUGGCCCUGCGGCUCCUGUCUGGACGGAGAGGAGGAGCCUGA